UCCGCGCCGCGCUCCGCUCCCUCCGCCCCGCUCGCACUGUUUGGGAGCAACCGGCCGAGCCAGCGGCGCCCCGGCCCCGCCAGAGCAGCGAGGCCCCGCGGACCGGCCCUCGCUCAGCCCCGGCGCGCAUCCCCGGCGCUCUCCCCUCUCGUCAUGUCCCUCAAGCAAGCGGCGGCGGCGACGCAGGCCGCCGGCAACAACCGCAAGCCCCCCGGCGGCGGCGGCCCCGGCCUCCCGUCAGCCGCGGGCGGCGGGAGGCAGAACAUGGGCAGAGGUCGCAGCAGUGGUAAAGGACCGCCUCAGCCUACGAUUUCUUUUGACGGCAUCUAUGCAAACAUGAGAAUGGUUCACAUACUUACAUCUGUUGUUGGAUCCAAAUGUGAAGUACAGGUGAAAAAUGGUGGUAUAUAUGAAGGAGUUUUUAAAACCUACAGUCCUAAGUGUGAUUUAGUGCUUGAUGCUGCUCAUCGGAAAACUGCAGAAUCCAGUUUGGGGCCAAAACGUGAAGAUAUACUAGAGAGUAUCUUGUUCAAGUCUUCAGAUUUUGUUAUGGUGCAUUUUAAGGAUAUGGAUACCAAUUAUGCGAGAAGAGAUGCUUUUACUGAUUCAGCCAUCAGUGCUAAAGUAAAUGGUGAACACAAGGAAAAGGAUCUUGAACCAUGGGAUGGAGGAGAGACCACCACUUCUGAGGAGCUGGAGGCAUUAGAGACAGAUGUUUCUAAUGGAUGGGAUCCCAAUGACAUGUUUCGUUACAAUGAAGAAAAUUAUGGUGUAGUAUCAACUUAUGACAGCAGUUUAUCUUCUUAUACGGUGCCAUUAGAAAGAGAUAAUUCAGAAGAGUUUUUAAAACGGGAAGCCAGAGCAACUCAAUUAGCAGAGGAAAUUGAAUCAAGUGCCCAAUACAAAGCUCGGGUUGCCUUGGAAAAUGAUGAAAGAACAGAAGAAGAGAAAUAUACUGCUGUUCAGAGAAGUGCUAAUGAACGAGAAGGACAUGGUGUGAACACUAGAGAAAACAAAUACAUUCCACCUGGACAGAGGAACAGAGAUGUCAUGUCCUGGGGAAGUGGAAGACAAAACUCACCAAGAAUGGGCCAGUCUGGAUCAGGCCCACCAAUUUCAAGAUCUGGAUCCCAUACUUCAGAAUUCAGCCCUAACUCUGGAGCAGAUCAAAGAGUAGUUAAUGGAGGUGUUCCCUGGCCAUCGCCUUGCCCAUCUCCUUCCUCUCGCCCACCUUCUCGCUACCAGUCAGGUCCCAACUCUCUUCCACCUCGGGCAGCCACCCCUACACGGCCGCCCUCCAGGCCCCCCUCGCGGCCCUCCAGGCCCCCGUCUCACCCCUCUGCUCAUGGUUCUCCAGCUCCUGUCUCUACUAUGCCUAAACGCAUGUCUUCAGAAGGGCCUCCACGGAUGUCUCCUAAGGCACAACGGCACCCUCGAGGUCACAGAGUCUCUACUGGUAGGGGUACAAUUUCAAGUGGCUUAGAAUUUGUAUCUCAUAAUGCACCAGGGGAAGCAUCUACUACUGCAGUGGCACGAGGCAGCCCUUCAGGUGGGACGUGGUCAUCAGUUGUCAGUGGGGUUCCAAGAUUAUCCCCUAAAACACACAGGCCUAGGUCUCCAAGGCAGAGCAGCACUCCCACGGGCCCAGCUCUGCCUUCUCCUCAGCCUGGUACUAUUCCCACUGAAUCUGUUGCCAUGCCUGUUCCAGCUGCCUCUCCUACACCUGCCAGUCCUGCAUCCAACAGAGCAGUUACCCCUUCCAGUGAAGCUAAAGAUACCAGGCUUCAGGACCAGAGGCAAAACUCUGCAACUGGAAACAAGGAGAAUAUAAAGCCAAGUGAGACUUCUCCUAGCUUUCCUAAACCUGAAAACAAAGGUGUAUCUCCAAUUGUUUCAGAACAUAGAAAACAGAUUGAUGAUUUAAAGAAGUUUAAGAAUGACUUUAGGUUACAGUCAAGUUCCUCUUCAGAUGCAGUGGAUCAGCUGCUAAACAAAACCCGAGAAGGUGAAAAAACAAGAGAUGUAGUGAAAGAAAAGACAGAAUCAACCCCUAAAGAAUCUAUGAUAGAAACUGGCAGUAGUACUAACUCUAAUGGUGGCAGUAGCAAACCUAAUAGUCCAAGUAUUUCUCCUUCGAUAAGUAGCAGCUCCGAGCAAAAGCGAGGGCCUGAGGUAACUUCACAAGGUGUACAGACAUCUGGGCCUGGAAGUAAACAAGAGAAAGAGGAUAAAGAAGAGAAGAAGGAUACCUCUGAGCAAGUUAGAAAAUCAACACUUAAUCCUAAUGCAAAAGAGUUCAACCCUCGAUCUUUUGCUCAACCGAAACCUUCUACUACACCAACCUCCCCUCGUCCGCAAGCUCAGCCCAGCCCCUCCAUGGUGGGUCAUCAGCAGCCAACUCCUGUGUACACUCAGCCUGUUUGUUUUGCACCAAAUAUGAUGUACCCGGUUCCAGUGAGUCCAGGCGUGCAGCCUUUGUAUCCUAUUCCCAUGACGCCCAUGCCAGUGAACCAAGCCAAGACAUAUAGAGCAGGUAAAGUACCAAAUAUGCCACAGCAACGGCAAGACCAACAUCAUCAGAGCACCAUGAUGCACCCUGCCUCAGCAGCAGGCCCUCCAAUUGUAGCUACGCCACCUGCUUACUCAACACAAUAUGUUGCAUAUAGUCCCCAACAAUUUCCUAAUCAGCCUCUUGUGCAGCAUGUGCCACACUACCAAUCUCAGCAUCCUCAUGUUUAUAGCCCUGUAAUACAGGGCAACGCUAGGAUGAUGGCACCACCAGCACACGCACAGCCUGGUUUAGUAUCUUCUUCUGCAACACAGUAUGGUGCGCAUGAGCAGACGCAUGCUAUGUAUGUAGGAUGCCAGUGACCAAGAUGAGAUUUCAACCUGGGAGCUGCUAAAGAAUAUCUGCUGAAAGAAGUUUGUUGGAGUUCUCUUGAUGCUCUUUGACACAACAUCCCUUGAUUGUUUCUUCAUUAUAAUUAGAACUUGUUUUAUUGCAAGGCUACGACCUCAGUUUCCAAACUCGCCUUUAGUCCUGACAACUAGUGAAAUGCUGUCUUUAUGAUACUACUGGCGUUAUUAACAGUAUGAACACUGCUGUUGAAGCAAAAUAAAACAUGUGUUGCUUACCUUUCUUUUUUGGUAAGUCAAGAAUAAGCCUAUGAAACAGCUCGUGUGUUGCUCUGACUUUGACAAUUAGCCUGCAGCGUUAUCAGGUGGGCUUCUUUCACUUACAGUGAAGUGCUGUGGAUUACCUUGUUACAGAGUGAAAUGUGAAAGAAGUCCUAAAGUGUUAUAAAUGUGUGAUAACUCAAUGCCCAAGUCAGGGGAAGCAGCUCACUGCAAAACAUGCCACUUGAAAGAGGUAGAAUCAAGGUUGCUAGAAGGCUUGGAAAUUGUCAUAAAAUGUCAAAACAGCAGAUGGUCUCUUGAAACAAAAACCAAACCCCCAUGGCAUUUCAAUACUUGUUACAGCAUCUGAGGAAGACUUUUAUUGGGUCACUUAUAUUAUUGACUUAGAUUCUAAUAAAAGAUUUUCUGUACCUUUAGACAUCUCUGUAUGUUUUCCCGUGCUUAGUUUUACACUGCUGCUUAAUGGAAGUCCAUGAUGUGUCGUGAAAACUCACAAGGCUGAGAGGCUGAAGGGUAGUGUGAAAUGAAUUCUGAUUUUGACGAGUCUGUGUCCUCCUCCCCAUGUGAAAGCAUCCUGUCAGAUCCCUGCAGUGGGAUGCUAACGUGCCUAAGAAACCAAAAUGAGAGAGAGAAAACCCUUUUUGACACUUGGAGGAAGAACGUUUCGGCUCAUUGGUGCUGAAGCUGAAAUGGAAGUUACUUGUAGACAUGAAGCCUUUCUCUCACAGGUCCUUGCUCAUUGUAUUACUUUGAUCUUUUCGACUCUUGUGCUUGAGGUGUCCCUGUAAACAGAUCUUCUGUUUGCUUUUUCAUUGGAUUAAAUAGAAUUCCGAUGAAGUGAACGAUCAAAGGCUUUCAGACCUUUAUUGGUGAAAACUUGCCUCUUAAAUCCUAAUGAAAAUAAAACCAAACAUGAGAUAAUCUGUGAUUCACAAUGGUUGCAUGUGACUUCCUAGCAAUUUCCCAUUGUGCACCAUCCUUAUCUUCUGUAACCAGGGGGUUCUACGGCAUUGAAGGACCAACUCGUUCCCUUGGUUGGCUUUGAUCAGAUGCCUGUGUAGUUUUUUUCACUGAUAUUCUGACUUAACAACUGUUAGAUGUCAUUUUGUGUUGGUUUUGCAGCUUGCCUGUUGUAGGUAUGUGACUACCUACCAGUGCAAACAACUAAGUUGGGUCAAAUUGGAGAACUCUUUGCUAUGUGCUGCCAUGUAAUUAGAUGCUGCUUCUCCAAGAGCACCUAAUUUAACAGAAAGUGCAUGUCCCUCCUGUGUUCUUUCAAGUAGCUACUUGCUGACUCUUCCAAAUAUUCUCCCACCUUCCCAGUAAAUGAUCAAGUGCUUUAAAUUCCUGUUACUGAAACCAUUCAGCCCAGCUGAAUCAUGAACUCCAUAGGAGACACUUUUGUUCUUGCCAUGUGCAGACACGUUUAUUGCCUAGUGAACGUGAAUUGGCUCAAAUGUACCCUUAACCUACAAAGUUUACAGUUAGCUGCACAUGAAAUGACUUCUGAUGUAGUGCAGCACUGUCUCAAAGCAGAGUUUUCACAAGUCUUCCACGUGCUGAGUGCUUCAAGACCUUGCCUAGAUGGAUUGUGGUUCCUCAGUGUGUCCACCUGUAACGUAUUCACUUCAGCUUCCACUUACUGAUACGUGAAGGCUUGGGAGAAAUGCAGGAAUGCUUGAGGUGAUAGAUGUAAGCUGCUUCUGGAGCACAUUGUUAAACAGCAACGCCCUGGAAUCAUUCACAUCUGAUGGAAUGACUAUAAGAAAGUGUCAGUAACUUAUGUCCUGUGUUUGGGGAGUCUGAUGUUUACCCAUGGUAGCUUUGAACUGAUUACACCAACGCACAUUGAUUCUGGUCCUGUCUUAAAACUGAUUGGGAAGUACAGAGUAACAGCUUCCUGAGAAGCAACAACCACUGCUGCUUUUGAUUUUUGGAGCACGUGCUCAAAGGAGUUCCCAGAUUUCCUUUUGGCUCUUUACAACUGCUCUCCAAUUUUGUACAGAAAACCUAUUAUUAUAUAUUCUUUAAUUGCCCUUUUCCCUGUCGAUACCAGGAUUCAGUGGGCUCUGCUGCCCUUCAGUCCUUCAAGGUUACUAGUGCUUGCUUUGAGAGAAUUCUUGCAAAAUUCACCCAGAUUCUUUUCCUGCUUGUGUGAUAGAGAGAAGAUGUCUG